AUGCUCAUGGUGGGCACUCAGACGUCCCUCAUGGUCUACGAUGUCGAGGAGAACGCGGAUCUCUUCUUCAAGGACGUUCACGAUGGAGUGAACGUGAUCACUUACGGCCACCUCGCCUCCAUAGAGCAGCCUGUCUGCGUGGUCGGCGGUAAUUGCUCCGUCCAGGCGUUUGAUGCCGAGGGCAGCGAGCUCUACUGGACCGUCACAGGUGACAACGUCAGCGCGCUCGCCUUCUGCGACGUCGACGACGAUGGUCAGCCAGAGCUCAUCUGCGGAACGGAGGACUUCGAAAUUCGAGCCUUCAAGAACGAA